UUCUCAUAUCGGCUGGCUUUGCUUGCUUUAUGGUAUGCACAACCCCGAAACUCCUGUGGCGCCUCAUCUCUUUCCUUCAUCCAUCGCCGUCGAACUCCAGCUUCAUUCGCCGCUUCUCUCUCCGGCCAUCUCAAAUGGGCAAGCCCGACAAAAGCUCUGCCGCCAACAACUCCGUGCCGGAGCACCCCAAAGACGAUGCUUAUCUCCAAAGCGUGAUUCCUAAGCGAAUUUCUAUCUUCAAAUCCAUCAAAUCUCAGCAGCAAAUGCAGCGCCUUUCUCUCUCUCUCUCUCUCUCCUUAUCCCAUCAAGAUCGAGUUAACGAAUGGGUCAGUGAUUCAGUGAAGGAGGGGAAGAAAUGGAAUACAACGCCCCUUGACAUUGCGAAGGAACUAUCCAAGAGCUUGACAUCGAAUGCUUUGAUUUCAAAGGUCAACAGUGUGCUCUGGGAUAUGUCCAGGCCACUGGAGGGUGACUGCAAGCUCGAGCUAUUCACAUUUGAUAGUGACGAGGGGCGGGGUACUUUCUGGCACUCGAGUGCGCAUAUUCUCGGUCAGUCUGUGGAGAUGAAGUAUGGCUGCAAAUUGUGCAUUGGUCCAUAGUACAACAAGAG